UUCAGAUUUUAACUUGUUUUAACCGCUCCUCGAGCUAAAGUUAUCCAAAUAGCAGAAAAUAUAGAGAAAAUGGCCGCUACAGCAGCAGCAGCACCAGGAGCAGACUUCCACUAUGGCAAUGCUGCGGGCGGUGGUGCUGGAUAUAAUGGAGCGGGUGGACCGCCGGGAGCUUUCCCUGGUGGUUACGGUGGCGCUCCAGGAGGUUAUGGAGGAUAUGGUGCUCCAGGUUAUGGUGGUUAUGGUGGUUAUGGUUAUAUGGACACUCAAAGUCCACUUGAUGCGGAAAUUCAGGUCGUUAUUCGCGAAAUACACAAUGAGCAGCAACUGAUGGAACAAGGCGGCGAAUGGGGUGAACAGUUCAAAAAUGCCAAACGAUUGUUAGCUGCUGAAGCAGACAAAUUAGAAAAUUCCAUUGAUCCAGAGUGGCUUGAAGUUGAUAUCGCUAAACCAAUUAAAGUCUCCAAGAAGGUUCUGAUCCCCAACUUCAGGCACCCGCAUUUCAAUUUUGUUGGUAAAAUUUUGGGACCAAAAGGAGCAACUUUGCAGGCAAUGGCGAAACAGUUCAAGUGUCACAUCUAUGUACUUGGUCGUGGUUCCACUAAAGAUCGCGCCAAGGAACAAGAAUUACUGCAAAGUGGAGAUCCGCAGUAUGCCCAUUAUGGUGGGCCACUGCAUGUAAAAGUAGAAACAAUUGCGCCAGCACAUGUUGCAUACCAGCGAAUAGCAGGCGUUUUAGAGCAGCUUUCUGGUACUUUGCAACCAACACGAGAUGAAACUUUUGACAAGAUGAGUAAUCAAGGUGGAGGAGCGGGUGACGGUGGUGAAAAAGCAGAUGGUGGAGAAGACGGAGGUGACGAUCAGCCAGGUGGAGGAGCAAUGCGGGGAGGAAGAGGAGGUUUCCGUGGUGGUAGAGGUGGGGAACGUGGUGGUUUCCGAGGACGUGGCGGUGAUCGAGGAGGAAUGCAACGUGGUGCUUAUAGAGGCGUUCGAGGGGGUGGUGAUCGUGGAGGGUAUCGUCCGUACUGAAUGCAAUCUUAGAUAACCCAUGUCUUCAACAGUUCCAUAAUUCCAAGUUAAAACAAUCUAAAAAUGUUUUUACCCACGUUUUUUCAACUCUUACUCAUAUCCCCUCCAAUUUUUGAUCUACGUAUCUCAGCAAAUCAUCGCAUUCUGUAACAAUACAAAUAUGGUGGUAUCGAGCUUCCUCACUCAAACAUAAAAGCUAAACUUAAAUAAUCGGCAAUCUUCAAAUUAAACUCUCUCAAAUGAAAGUGAUGAAUGAGAAAGAGAAAAUUGGAUGGUCACGCUGAGAUCUGCAAAUUUUUAAAAAGCACAAAUUAAAUUUUUCAGUGUUAAAUUUUUAAAUUUUCAGUGUUAAGUAUUUUGCUUUUUUGUCUUUUUUUAAGUGGUAAUAUUCAUUUUUCUAGAACUUAGUCGUUAUUCUAAUAAUAUCGGUUGCGGGUGGUGCUGCAUAGAUUUUGACAAUGCGCAGAAUGGCUUAAAUAAUUCAAAAUCUGGUGUGUGCGGCAUGCGUAACACUUCCCCUCCCGUAUUAAAGUUUUUUAAUUUUUUUUUCUGCAUUAUUCGGUAAAAAUGGAGGUCACUCUUGACCUUGAUGGCCUAACUCUUAGAGAUAAUAAUCUAUAAUAGAUUUACUUCACAUCAACAAUUAAGAUGUUAGGUUUAAAAAAGAAUUAAAUAUAGCAGCCCAUCCGCAGCUUCUCUCAAGUGUUAAAAUUUGUUCACAGUUAUAUUGCUCGAAUCCACCAGUAAAAUGUUGUUCUGUUAAUGUGGGGUUUUGUUUAACAUUAAAUCAGUAAUGACGUGCUAAUUUUGGAUUAAUGUGCAAACUGCUUUGUUGAAAAUUU